AUGCAUCCUCAGCGUCCUAGAACGAGGGGUGGUCGUGUUCCGAGACGGGGAGCAAAUACUCCACCUUCCCCUCCACUACCCUCUCCACCUCCUUCACCUCCAUCUUCACCAUCUCCACCUGCCGAGGAGCAUGAUGGAGAAAAUGAGCCCGGCUUGCGACGUCUCUUAUCUCGGUUCACCCGCACUAUGUCUAAUGCCUUACAUGGGGGGAGACGGAAUGUUGAAGGUUUGGACAUAAAGAGGGUAAAGGACCUGGGAGCAAAAGAGUUUUAUGGUAGUAUUGAUCCUGCUGAAGCUGAUGCUUGGCUUACAGAUGUCGAGCGGAUAUUUGAAGUUCUCCAGUGUCCUGAUGGAGAUAAGGUUCGCUUGGCUACCUUUCUGUUAAAGGGGAAUGCAUACCAUUGGUGGAAGACAGUUCGAAGAGGGUAUGCAAACCCUGCUGUCUUUACUUGGGAAGAGUUCCAAAGGGCAUUCUUUGAUCAGUUUUACCCGCAUACUUACAAGACUACGAAGAAGGCUGAGUUUCUGCACCUGAGGCAGGGUUCCAUGUCAGUGUUCGAGUAUGGGCACAAAUUUAAUGAGCUGUCCCGGUUUGCACCUGAGUUGGUAACCACAGAAGCAGAGAAGUGCCUUCGUUUUGAACAGGGUCUGUGGCUGGAUAUUCAGGCGGUGGUCACUGCUACGACGUAUCCUACCAUGAGAACCUUGGCCCAAGCAGCAGAUAGGGUGGCGAAGGCGUACAGUCUAGGUGCAGGUAUUGGUAGGCGUCGCAGAGACUCAUCUGGUUUUGGUGGGCCCAGUCAGGGUCCAUCAAAGAGAGGUGGAUCCAGCUCUAGUUCUGCAAGCAGUGGUUGGUCCGGAGGACGUGGGACCGGUUCUGGCAGUGGGGGGUCUGGCUCUCGACCAUUCUGGAGCCAGUCCUCGGGACAACAAUCCGUGGGCAGCACUGCCAGGGAUCCCCAGAGGCCAUUUACUGUAACUUGUUAUAGUUGUGGGCAAGCUGGACAUGUGCGGAAGGAUUGCCCAAACCAUGGGCAGGUGAGUGGCUCUGGUCAAAGGAGCGGAGUGACUUGUUUCCAGUGUGGGCAGGUAGGGCACUAUAAGAGUGAGUGCCCCCUUGCUGUUGGUAGUAUGGCUGCAAAGGAGACUGGGGCCCAGCGGGGGCAAGGCAGCAAAGCUCCGGGUCAGACACAGAGUGGUGCAUCGUCGUCUGCAGCGGGUUCGUCGUCGAGUAGUGGAGUGCAGUCCACGUUUCGGGGCAGAGGCGGUAGGGGUCAGAGGGGUCAGUCUGGACGCUAUACUACGCAAGCCCGUGUAUUCUCGAUGACACAGCAAGAGGCGCAGGCUACACCCGAUGUUAUCACUGGUAUGAUCCCUAUUUUCGGUUACUUUGCUCGUGUUUUGAUAGAUCUCGGGGCCACCCAUUCUUUUAUCGCCUAUAGUUUCUUACCUUAUGCCAGUGUUAGAUCGACACCCAUGGCAAAGAAUUUGAGUAUCUCAUUACCUACGGGCGAUGUUUUGUUUGCGGACAUGGUUUUCAAGGAUUGUGAUGUCCAAGUGGGUGAUGCCAUGUUGGAAGCUGAUUUGAUUCCCUUGGAAUUAGUUGACCUUGACAUUAUCUUGGGAAUGGAUUGGCUGGAAAAGCAUCGUGCGUCGGUAGAUUGUUUUCGGAAAGAGGUUGUGUUCAGAAGUCCUGGACAACCUGAAGCAAUAUUCCAAGGAGAGCGUAGAGUUCUCUCAUCUUGUCUUAUUUCCGCCAUAAGGGCAAAACGGUUACUCAAGAAGGGUUGUGUGGGGUACUUAGCUCAUAUCAUUGAUACUCAGGGGUCCACUUUGAAUCUGGAAGAUAUUCCUGUGGGUUUGUGA